UCUCGAUUUACAAAGAUGAAAGUCAUUCCAGUAGUUUUGCUGUUGUUUCUGGUUUCGUGUUGUUUCUGUGAGGAAGGCGGGAUUGUCGUGAGUACGUCCUAUGGCGACGUGCGAGGCUUUCAGCUGAAGAACAUUCGCGCCUUCUUCGGGAUCCCCUACGCCAGGCCGCCUCUGGGAGACCUUCGGUUCAAGGAGCCUCUGCCCCCGAGGAGUUGGACGGGAGUUCGCGAUGCCACGAAGUUCGGGGCCGACUGCCCGCAGAAAGCGUGGUUCCUCAUGGCCAUCUUCAACAGAACUCAUCAGAUAUCAGAGGAUUGUCUCUACCUGAACGUUUACACGCCAAAAAAGCCAUCCGGUAGCGGUGCCCAUCCGGUACUAGUGGUUAUCCACGGCGGGUCCUACCGGAGAGGGUCCGGUCGGGAGUACGACGGUUCCGUGCUGGCAGAGAGGGACACGGUCGUCGUCACCAUCAACUACAGACUGGGAGCCCUGGGCUGGCUAAGCACGGAGGACGAGAACGCCUUGGGGAACUACGGGCUACUGGACCAGAUCGAGGCUCUGAAGUGGGUUCAGAAGAACAUUGAGCGGUUCGGCGGGGACCCCAACAGGGUGACUAUUAUGGGAUGUGCCGCCGGCGCCUCCAGCGCUGCCUUGCACCUGACGUCAGUAUACAGUGCAGGUUUGUUCCACGGAAUCAUCCUGAGCAGUGGAUCUGUGGUAAACCCCUGGACGGUCCUCCUGCCCCCAUACAGACCCUCUGACCACGCUGCUGACUUGGCGGAGAAACUGGGAUGCCCGACAGAGUCAACAGAAGACCUUGUGAGCUGCCUGCGUCAGAAGACGGCAGAAGAGCUGGUGGAGACCAGCGUAGAGGGCCCUCCGAUGAUCUCCGUCUGGGCGCCUGUGAUUGACGGCCCUGGAGGCGUGGUUCCGGACAGCCCCAGGAAGCUGCUGGCGGAGGGAGCCUUCAGCAAGGUGCCUCUCAUGAUGGGCACGGCCAGUAAAGAGAUGUCCUAUAUCUUCGCCGAUGUGAAGGGGAUCGACUUCGGUGUGAGCUCGGACAUGGUGGAGGAGAUGCGGUCCCGCUGGGUGGAGCGGUACCCCCCCCAGGCCCGGACAUACAUCAAGGACGUCAUCGGUCUCCAGUACACAGACUUUGACAACAUUCACGAUCCGGCAGCGCUGAGAGACAACUACAUAGAGUUCAAGACUGACUACGGUUACCACUCACCCAUGCUGCACCAGGCCAGUGUCCACUCCAGCACCGGCGCACCCACCUGGGUCUACGUCUUCGACUAUCGCUCCGAGAACAACCCACGGCCGAAAUGGAUGGGAACAAUGCAGGCUGAUGACCAGGUGUUUAUUUUCGGCCCGGGAACCCUGAUGUUAAACGACAGAUUCCUGCUGACGGAGACAGACAGGGAGGUCAGCGACAUGAUGCGGACCUUCGUCACCAACUUCGUGCGGUUUGGGAACCCCUCCCCACACGGAAAGCUGGCGGAGUGGAAGGCGUUCCAGACAGACGAGCAGGUCUACCUCCGGGUCAGAAGGCCGGAAAAGACCCGGAUGAAGGACUACUUCAAGACCAAGGUCACGGCCCUGUGGACGUCUUACGUGCCUAAGAUCGUCCGCCGCGUCUUCAACGUCUCGGAAUAUGACGUCAACCCGUUCGGGGGGUCCGUAAUCGCAGGCCCCGUCGCAAACAGUUGCCACGAGAGAAAAACAACGAGCAGAAAGAGAUCCGCACAAUCAGCUGAUCUCGUCACUUUGGCCUUUCUCCCUCACUCAGCUGGUUUGGCAAAAAUGAAGGCUCUCGGUGCUCUGUGUCUCUUCGUGCUCGUCUCCUCCUGCCUCGGCGAGGAGGAGGACAAACUGAAGGUGAAGACGAAGUAUGGCGACGUGCACGGGUUUGAGAUAGAGGCUAAGUCAGGGAAGCACGUGCACGCGUGGUUCGGGAUCCCGUACGCCGAGCCGCCGGUGGGGGAGCUGCGGUUCACCGAGGCCCGCCCGCCGAAGAAGUGGGAGGACGUGCGCGAUGCCACCCAGUACGCCGCCGACUGCCCGCAGGACAAGGACCGCCUGGAGAAGAUCAUGAACGGCACGCACGCCAUGUCCGAGGACUGCCUGUACCUCAACAUCUUCGCACCUGAGGACGAGGCGGGUCACCAUCACCCCGUGAUCGUGGUGUUCCCCGGCGCCCAGUACGACUGGGGCACGGUCCGGGCCUUCGACGGCACCGCCCUGGCCGAGCAUGAGGUCGUGGUGGUCACGGUCAACUACAGAAUGGGAGUCUUCGGCUUCCUGAGCACCGACGAUGACGAGGCUCUCGGAAACUACGGCCUGCUGGACCAGAUCGAGGCUCUGAAGUGGAUCCAGGACAACAUCGCGCGGUUCGGAGGCGACCCCAAACACGUGACCCUCAUGGGCAACCUGGCAGGCGGCAACCUGGUGUCCCUGCAUCUCAUCUCUCCUUACAGCGAAGGUCUGUUCCACGGUGCUAUCAUCAGUAGCGGUGGCAUGAUGUCCCCCACAGCCGUGCUGCUGCCGCCUUACAAGGCCGUGGACAUCGCCACCGAGCUGGCCGAGAAGCUCGGAUGUUCUACUGAGUCCACAAAGGACAUUGUGAGCUGCCUGAGGGAGAAGACUGCAGAUGAGCUGGUCGGAACCAAAGUUACGGGCCCAGCCAUGAUGGCUUUUGGAGCCUUCGCCCCCACCAUUGACGGUCCGGGCGGCGUGAUCGCAGCCGCUCCCAGGGCGAUGCUGGAGAACAACCAGUUCAGCAAGGUCCCCAUCAUGGUCGGCACCACGGACAAGUGGGGAGCCACCGCAAUCAGGGAACUGAAGGGCGUGGAGUUCGGAAUCAGUUCGGACAUGAACACGGACUUCCGGAAGACGUUCUGCGAGCGCUAUCCCGAAGGGCCGCGUUCCUACAUCAACGACAUGAUCAACUUCGAGUACACAGACUUCAGGAGGUUGCACGACCCCGCCGCCAUCAGGGAUGACCUCAUCAGGGCCUCUGCUGACUACCACAUCAACACUGGCAUGGUGUUCCAGGCCGCCGCACACGCCGCCGGUGGGGGCAACGUCUGGAUGUACGAGUUCCACCACGUGUCCGAGAAUGACCCCAGACCUUCAUGGAUGGGGGCUCAUGGAUCGGACGACAUGGUGUACGUGUUCGGGCACAGUCUGAUGAGGGCUUCCGACAGCUACGAGUUCGACAAGACGGACGAGGAGGUGCACCACGCGGUGGUCGAUGUCGUGGCUAACUUUGCGCGUACCGGGGACCCCACCCCCACUGACAACGACGGCUUGAAGUGGCCCCGUUACCAGGGAGACACCCAGACCUACCUGGAGAUCCGCGGCGUCCAGGACUCCAACGUCGACAACUUCUUCAAGGCGAAGAAGACUGCCCUUUGGACCUUCUACAUCCCCAAGUUGCUGUACGACGCCGCCAGCGAAGAGGAGAAGGCGAGCGUCAACCCCUUCGGUGGCGCGCGUUAAGACGUCUUCUUAAUUAAGAUUCCUCAUGUCCGGCCAACGGAAGUUUGUAACAUGUUACUUUUUGUUUUGCCAGACAUCUUGAACGAUUAGUUGUAACGUUUUCAUGACAUAUCACAGGCGCUAGCUAGGACCUCUUCUUGAUUAAGGGCACGGUCACAAAGGUCGUGCGGUCGUCGUGCGAUUGCCAACUUUAAGGGGUUUUUUUUACAGCCACGCAUGUUUUCUUCAGAGGUCAGCUGUCACAAAGAGUGCAAAGACACAAAAGGCUGUCUUGGAUCCUUGUCGGUGGUUGGUUCUGUCAAAGACUGCUUGAAAAAUCCUACCGCAUCAAAAUCUUACGACGAUCGCACGACCUUUUUGACCGCGCCCAAACGGAAGAUUGUAACAUGUUACUUCUUGCCAGACAUCUUGAACGAUUAGUUGUAACGUUUUCAUCAUGACAUAUGACAGAAGCGUGUGACGCUAGUUCAUGGUUGUAGGUCAUCGAGUCCCGUUAACCAUAGUCUGGAUGCCAGACCCCUUGGCUACAUCGAUGAAGUUUAGACAUCCAGGUAAUACUUUACGCCAAAACACAGUUACUCAAGCAACUGGAUAUGAUUUUGGAAACGGAAAUCCAUUCAACUCCUCGGCAAGAAGGCCAACAUGGCCCCAAAGGAGACUCUAAACAGGCCCCGUGAGUUAGACCCUGAUAAACAAUAGAUAGAUCGGGGGUCUGGCAUACAGGCUACGGUAAAUAUGAUAGGGUAGAUUUUUAGUCGAAUCUUAAAAUCGGGCGGCCUUAACCUUCUGUCGAUCAAGAAAUAACGCCCGAAGCUCGUGGGCUGUGAGGCAGGGGCUAUUUUUAUAAUGUCACAUUGAAGGGCUAUGCGGGGUGUGGGUGGAUAAUAGACGGUUAAUGUAGAUAAUAUGAAAGAUAGGACGGUCACUGUGUGUAACGUACGAAUUAAAACAUCUUAUUUUUCUACCACUCAAAAUCAGGAUUUCUAUAACUCUAUAACUCCAAACGACAACCACUUGAAAGCAUUUCAUUCCAUAUUGUAAAAAGCACAAGCUUACAUAAGAAAUAACGUCGAAAAGCUGGGACAUAUUGGUCUUCAUUAUAACAUUCAUAAAGCAUGCGAAACAUCGUAACAAUCUGUAACAGUGUGUACUGUCUAUGGUAUACAAGAAGUGCAGUCAUUCCCGGCUAUGUGAAAAGACCGUUUCCCUUAAAUCAUUAAUCCUGGCACAAAGAAUGCCUCAA